AUGGGAGCUCAGAAGAGCAUCCAUGCUGGAAAAGCAAAGAUUGACGUCAAUGUUGAUUUUACUCACAAGCUAUGCGCUUCUUUGAUGCUCCCUACUCUCAGGAGUUCUGGCAGUCCAUUUUCACUGGUAAUUGGGAGUCUUUGCAUCAAACACCCAAAUUUGUUUGGUGGAAGUGAGAAGCUCGAUGUUUCGUGGGACAAAGGUCUAUAUGAUUCAAAUGUCUUAGUUGCGUAUAGAAGGCCACGACCCGAAUGGCUUGCACAGCAGUCUUUUGUAUUACAGCAUUCUCUUUCACCUGAGAUUGGAAUCCAUGGUAUCCCUGUAAACAAUUUCUCCCGCUCAGGAAGUGGAGGAAUAAAUUUAUCUCGAUUGUCAGUGGGAAUGGAUCUGAAGGAACCUGCUAGUUCAAAAUGGAGCAGCACAACCAGCAUAAAGUUUGAGCAUGUUCGUCCACUGAACGAUGAUGGUCGUGCUAUAAGUAGAGAUUUUGACGGAUUUCCUUUGACUUGCAGUGGCAAUCCACACGACAGUAUGGUAGUGUUAAAGCAAGAGUCCCAAUUUGCGAAGGCGAAUGAUAAUAGCUUUUUUCAUUUCAAUCUUCAAAUAGAACAAGGUAUUCCAGUUUUUUCCAAGUGGAUAAUCUUCAAUCGAUUUAAAUUUGUUGCUUCAAAGGGAAUCAAACUUGGACCAGCAUUUCUCUUGACAAGACUAACAGGUGGCUCAAUUGUUGGGGACAUGGCUCCUUACCAAGCAUUUUCUAUUGGAGGGAUUGGGAGUGUGAGAGGGUAUGGAGAAGGAGCAGUUGGAUCUGGGCGAUCAUGUCUGGUGGCUAAUAGCGAACUGACACUCCCUUUGAAUAAGAUGUUGGAGGGUGCCAUUUUCUUGGAUUGUGGAACAGACUUGCGGUCUGGUCACCUUGUACCAGGAAAUCCAGCUUUGAGGCAGGGUAAACCAGGAUCUGGGGUUGGAUUGGGAUAUGGACUUCGAUUUAAAUCACAAUUUGGUCAUUUUCAAGUUGAUUAUGCUAUUAAUGCAUUUCAGCAGAGAACUCUCUAUUUUGGCCUCAGCAACCUUCCUUCAUGA